AUGUCCGAGCGAAAGGUCUUGACGAAAUACUACCCACCGGACUUCGAUCCGUCAGCGAUAACCCGCACCCCGAAACACCUGCGCUCAACAGGCCCGAAAGUCAUAACCGUCCGCCUAAUGGCCCCCUUCUCUAUGAAAUGCACACAAUGCGGCGAGUUCAUCUACAAGGGGCGCAAAUUCAACGCGCGCAAAGAAACAACGGAGGAGAAAUACUUUUCGAUCCCAAUCUACCGAUUCUACAUCCGGUGCACGCGGUGCAGCGGCGAGAUUACGUUUGUCACGGACCCGAAGAAUAUGGACUACCGGGCGGAAAAGGGCGCGAAGCGGAACUUUGAGGCGUGGCGCGAUGGCAAGGCGGAUAACCAUGAAGAAACCACGGAUGAGGUGCUGGAUCGGUUGGAGAGGGAGGAGGGUGAAGAGCAGGAGCAGUUAGACCGGGAUAAAAUGGCGGAGUUGGAGGAGAAGACGAAGGAUGCAAAGAGGGAGAUGGAAAUUGCGGACAAGCUGGAUGAAAUUCGCGUGAGGAAUGCGCGUAUUGAGCGGAACGAGGCGCUUGGUAGCGAUGUGGCGCUGGCGCUUGUUAAGGACGAGGUGGAUGAGGCUGCUUUAAAGGCUCAGCAGGAGGAUGAAGAGGCUGCUCGAAAGGCGUUCAUGACGGAGACAGGGGAGAAGGUGAAGAGAAUUGUGGAGGACGAGAGUACGCCAGAGACCCAGGCUCCUGCGCCGCCGCCUUCGUUUGCACGAGUCAAGAAGCCGAAGAAGCCUUUGGUAAACAGCUUGGGGAUAAAGAAGAAGGCCAAGCCAUCUCUGGUAUAA